CCUUUGUAAGGCAGAUGCCCUGCUUUGCUCCAAUGAGCCCAGCCUUGAUUCCCUUCCUCUCACCUGUCUGCUCCAACUCUUCCCCAUCCUGAAAGAAGCGCAGAGAAGAACCGUUUUUCAUGACGUCCCCCUGCUUUGGAGUGAGGCAGCUGCGUAUGAUACUAUGUUAUAAUAUUAUAUAUUAAUUUAUACCCCGCUCCCCACCCCCCAGACAAGGGCUCAAUGAGGUUUACAGAUAAAAUAAGAACCGCUAAAAACCUGGGGGUGGGGGUGGGGAAACAAUCAUUAAAACAACUAAACAUCAACAAUUAAAAACCGUAUAAUAGUCAUGGAAGUUGCUUUGGGAGCCUUUUUGGCUGGAGAGCGGGGUACUGAUGCUCUAAAGUAAAUAAUAUAAACAAUAUAUAUAUAAGAUCUAUUAAAAGCCUGCAAUAAGAAGAGCGCGGCCCCUGCCAUCAACAGCAGCCCGUUCCCAAAGCGCAGCGCUCAGCCCCGCCGCCACCUCCUCCUUCCAGUCGCCGAAGCCCCGAGAAAACGCCCCGUGGGAAGCGGCGGGGAGGCGGGCAGAGGCGGGCGGCGCUCUGCGGAGCCGGGCGGAGCCAGGCCAGCCGGGCGGCGCGGCAGUCCCGGACUCGCCUCCCCGCCGCCGCCGCCGCCGCAGCCGCGCUCUGGACCCGCUUGCCGAGGUGGCGAGGGCGGCCGAAGGGGCGCCCAGGAGCCCGUCGCCAUGCAGCCGCCGCCGCGCAAAGUAAGUCCCUGCGUGCCGGGCUCGCGGAGGAGAAGCCGGGGAGGGCCCUCCUUGGCACCCGGGCACAGUCGGGGCCGCGGGGUCCCCGAGACGCGCUCCCCGGCCCCUAGUCUGAAAGGGCGUGCGCCCUUGAAGGGGGCGGCUUCCUUGGCAGCGCCGCGUCAGGCUCUAAACUAGGGGGGCCCCCAAACUUUGGGGAACCUUUGGGCACAUUUGGAAAUCUAAUAAGCUCUUGCGGGCGCCACAAACGACCCAUUUCGCAGAAGGAGAAAACCGUGGAGAUGUGCAGAAGCUCCUCCCAGACAACAUGGGACGAGGGGGAGAGGAGCAGCUACACACCUCAGGACAAAUGAAACAUAGAGGAAGGGGAAGGGGCAACCCCCCCAAAAAAACAAGAAAGCAAACAAACAUUAGUUAAAUAUAAAAAUUGGGCAGGGGCUUGGCUGGUGAUGGAGGGGGGUCUUGUUGGAAGGUGCCACAGUGCCUGUAGGAGCCAUAUGGAGCCCCCCCCCAACCUCUUGGACUCUUUCAUGCAUCAUAAUUCCUAGCCUUUGUAUUUAAAGCGCUUAGCAUCCACUACCUUGUCAUCCUUGCAACAACCCUUUUGCAGAGACUGAGAGGAGGAGUGACUUGCCCAAAGCUACUUACUGAGUUCAUGACAAGCAAGAUUUGAGCCAGGGGCUUCUAGACGCUAUUGCUACACCUGCUGCAUGUGGGUUGAGCUCCUGGAGCUUCUGCCCACUGCUGGUCCCUCAGGGCAGCUGUUACUGGGGUCUUGCUGGUCCUCUUCCCACUGCCUCUGGGUUCGUAGCCUUAAGGUUCCAUUCCUGUGCAAAAUAGGGGGUUCCUUUUCCUUCUGCUCCAGAUGUGUAUGCUUGUCUGCUCCUUGCCCUGUGGAGGGCCUAUUGCCAUUGAUAAGGUGCAAACUCUCUUUCUUCUGCAGGUUAAGUUGACCCAGGAAGUGAAAGUGCGCCUCAUAGAGCAGCUGUCAAGCCUUCAGAACAAGCAACAACGGGAGCUGGAACUCCUAGAGGACAUCAGGUAACAAACUGAAAUUGGGAACUGGGCAAGCUCCUGAACAGGUUCCGCCACAGGCCUAAAGGCUACCCUUUCCCUCCCCUGUUAAACAGCCUAAGACAGCCUUCCUCCUUACAGACAUUGAAUCAGAAAGCAAGGGAUGGAGAUUGACCUCUUGCUAGUGGGUGACCCAUGAACUUCUGAGAGCCUACUGCUCCUUAUCCAAGAGGCUUAGUCUGUAAAGAGCAUCAGCCUUAAGCUACAAGUGUGGUUCACCUGCUUACAUAAAUCCAGCAGUCAUUUGUGUUGAUUCUGUACCUGAAGUUAGCAUGUUAUGUUUCAGGGACUCUUCCAAUGGAUCAGUGCUGGGGUUCAUAUUUAAAAUGUGGGGAUUACUGGACAAAGCAGAGUGGUGCUGAGUAGCAUGUGCUCAAACCUGAGCCAUUACUGUGCAAAACUGAGGCAUCUCAGAGCCAACGAAAACAACAGCUGCUCAGUAGUCCCCCCCCCCCUUUUGCUGGAGGCCAUGCGAGUUAAAAUAAUGUGAGCUGCUGGGUUAUUUGGAAAACUGCUCAGUUGAGGUCUUCUCUGGAAUUUUCUGUCAGGAAGUAUGACACACUAAUUGUUGUUUCGUAAUUAUUACUACUUUGAACUUGUUUUUUAAAAGCACCAUGCAAUUUCUGAUGUUACAGUUGCAAGGGGGAGUUGGGUGCAUGUUAGCUGAGCUCUUCACCCAGCAGAUCUUGAGAGUGAGAUUCUUCCCUUGCCCUUAGAUUCUGAUUGUGCAAGAAGAUUGGGCUGUGUGGUUAUUCAGGGCCUUUGUCUUCUCCUUGCUUGCAGGUCCUACAGCAAGCAGCGAUCUGCCAUUGAGAGGGAGUACGGGCAGGUGAGACAAUGCAAGGCUUCUGAGCUGCUUGCUUGAAAUAUGUUGCAUGCUCCCAUUUAAAUUGGGUGUAGCCAGCGACAUAUCAUGGCGGGGUGGUGGAUAUAACCAAAAAGUGUCUGGCCUUAGCAGCGGCCAUUUCCCCAGGGUUUACAAGUCGUGUCAAGAGAUGGAUACAGACUUGGCUUGUGCCAUCCAUUGUAAGCCAGCACUCUUCCCUAGCUGAAGGAAGUGACCCAGUGAGCAGGCAAGGAUCAUUUGAGCUCUUCCUUGGAGCUGAUAGACUUAAAGAGCCGGCUGCAGCUGCUUCUUGUGACUUUUUAUACUUGGAAGUGGGCAGACAAGGAGUCAGCUGUAGCUGGAACUUGUACAGCAAAGGGUCUUGCAAUCACUAGAAAAAGUUGAAAUAAGAAGUGGUACUUAUCUGACCGUAGACCUGAUUCCCACCUGGGUCAUGUUUUGGAGAGGCCUCGUGGGUUAUGCCCAGGCUAUGCUAUCAAACCAGCAUGCCUUGAAGGCCUAACUUCCUCAGCAGUGGUGCUGCAACAAGCUACUAGGCUUUAUGUCCUCACAUUACUGAGUGUUGCUGACAGAAUCCUACCCUUUAGCCCUCCUGCCUAAUCUCUGAUUCUCUCUUGGUUGCAUCUGGCCACUGCACACAUAGAUGGCUUCGUUUGGCUGUCCCCACUGAGGCUUGGGCCAUUAUCUCUUGAAGUCCCAACCUGGGAUUGCACGUGAGUAGGAAAGUGAUCCCUUGGUGUAUCAUAUCACUCGUCUGCAUUUGAUCUUCUGCCAUCUUGUUGGACAGCGUCCUUUUCAUUCCUCCCCAUUUGAUUCUUGCAAACCAUUCACUGGUGUUGAUAAGUGCGUUGCCAUCCUCCUGGGGGGAUACAUAACUGUAACGGGACUGGCCUUGGAAGGGUCCUCCGGGGCACUUUGCCUGUCUAGAACUGGACAUGGAAGAUGAGUUUGGGGACAAACAUGCCUUUUAGGUCUGAUUCUCGUAUUUAGCAGGAUCGUUUUCUGGACUGCUGAAUAUUACUCCAUCUAAAGCCAUAACUCAUGUUGCAUUUGAACACUUUUUUAAAAACAAAAGAAGCCAAUAUGCAAUUUCAAAAGCAACUCCAAAAGUCAUUGGAGUAGAGAAAUGUCAGGCAAGGAAAUUGUUAAUGACCUGUUCCUCUUCUCUCUCUUCUCUCUCCUCUCCUCUUCCUUUCUCUCCCCCCACCCCCCCGGCAAUUUUUCUGGUUUAAAAUAAACUAAUUAUAAGGCAUAUUUGUGUGUAUGAAGUAAUUCCAUGCCUCUAGAAACUAGCCUGCCUCGGGAAAGGCUGGUUUUCUGUCUGCUGAAAUAGGGGAGCAUUUGAACAUGCACUGCCAUCCCCUGCUGCAUGAACUUGUACAUUUUAGGAAAGGCUUCGCCACAUGAUUCUUCUGGUCCUUUUAAAGUUCAUACCCUGUUAGCAUCUACUCUCCUGUUGUGCUACCCUCGACAUGGAUUCACAUAGACAGUUUGGGACUUGCAUUUUCUGUAUGGGAGACCUCAUACAGGCAAAGGGGCUGGGAGCUGUGUGUGCCAAUCCAUCGUGAGGAAGUUUGCUUUUCAACAGCUUUUCCAAAUUUGUGAACAUUAUUUUUAAGCCAAAUGUGAAUGAAUAUAUAUAUAUAUUUUCAUUUUAUACAUUACAACAAUGAUUCAACUACAAUUUUAACAUUUCCAGCUUCGACUCCCUUCCCUCUCUUUCUGCGGUUCUUUACAUUUAUUUUCAUCCUUGCCUUUCUUAACUUAUUCUUUUAUUCAUCUAUUCUCAUAUAUAUCUCAUACAUAUUUUUGAACUGCAGGUUUUUACAAUAAUCCCGCCAAUGUCUUGAUCUGUUUGCAGAUUAUUUGUAAAUACUCAAUAAACCAUUUCCAUUCCUUUCUAAAAAGUUUGUUAUUUUGAUUUCUUAUUCUUCCGGUAAGUUUCACCAUUUCUGUAUACUCCAUUAGUUUCUAUAUCCAUUCUUCUCUCGUUGGGACAUCUUCUUCCUUCCAUUUUUAGGCAAAUAGCAUUCUUGCAGCUGUGGUCACAUACAUAAAUAAAUUUCUAUACUUUUUAGGUAGUUCUGAUCCCAUAAUUCCCAACAGAAAAGCUUCUGGUUUUUUACGAAUGUUAUCUUAAACAUCUUUUUCAAUUCAUUGUAUAUCAUUUCCCAGUUAGCUUUAACCUUAUUGCAAGACCACCACAUAUAUGGAAAAAGGUACCUUCUUUCACUUUACAUUUCCAACACUUCAAUUUUGAUUUAUACGUUUUUUCCAAUCUACUAGGUGUUAGGUACCAUCUAUAUAACAUUUUCAUAUAAUUUCCACUUAAAUCAUGACAUACUGCAAAUUUUAUAUUCGUAUUCCAUAAUUGUUCCCAUGUUUCCAUUUCUAUGUUAUGACCAAUAUCUUUUGCUCAGUGUAUCAUUGAAGAUUUCACUUGUUCGUCCUUUGUCUCCCAUUCCAAUAACAUUUUAGACAUCACUUUAACAUUACAGUUUAUCUCUAGUUGUGAUAGUUGUUCCCCAAACCCCUGCUUCAUAUCAUUUUUAAAUACUUCAUUCAAAUGAUGAUAUUGUAACCAUGUUGUUAAUACCCCUGAUAAAUCCUUAAACUCUUUUAAUUAAAAUUCUCCAUCCUCCUCUCUUAGCAAAUUUCUAUAAGUCACCCAACUUUCCACCAUAUUUUUCUUUUUCACCGCUAUGGCUUCCAAAGGUGAAAGCCAAAGUGGUGUUUUAGUCUCUAAUAAGUUGUUAUAUUUAUCCCUAAUUAUAUGGUUUGUGAAGCCUUUGUGUACUUUCGCCUUUUCAUACUACAAAUAAGCGUGGCAACGAAAAAUAUUAUCAUGACCUUCCAAAUCUAAAAUAUGCGGGUUCUUCAAUAGCAACCGUUCCUUCAACCAGCACAUACAGAAUGCUUCAUAAUAUAAUUUAAUAUUUGGCAGGGAGAAACCUCCUCUCUCUUGCGUGUCUAUUAGUAUUUUAUAUUUUAUUCUUGUUUUUCCCCCUAGCCAGUUGGGCCCCAGUGGCGGAGGUGUUUGAAAAUGCUGUGCCCUUGGUGUUUAAAGAUCAGUGUGGUCCCUGUAACACAGCUGAUGACUGGGCAAAAUGUGUGCAUUUAGACUGGCUGCAUUUGGCUUGCGAGCCUUGCAGGAUGGGACAACCACUGACAGUGUUUCUCACGCAAGGGCUGGCAUGCUGCUGACUCAGCACUGCUCCUGUGGUGCACCUCUUUGCUACUCCCAGUGCCACAUGGGGCUUGUCAAGCAAGCAAUCAAAACAACAAAGCCAUCAUGCAUGGGGGAAAUUGGUUGCAUGAACUGACUCUGAGUUACUGUCAGGAAACCACAGUAUUCUGAACCUUGGACCAGUGAUAACUUUGCCUUAUGCUGUUUUGAGUUUCUGAGCAUACCUUCGUCUGGGUUUUAUUUUAAGAAUUGGAUGUGCUCAAUUAACACACUGACUUCCUGCAGUCCUACACCAUGGAUAAGGAGGGUGCAAAACAUUCCUGGAUGUGCUUGACCCUGAGCAUCUUCCCUGAGGCAAAAGCACCUGCUGAUCAGCAAACCAGUAAUAUCAGAAGCUGCCAUGUCAAUACAAUCCUGGCUCUUGGGUCUUUAUCAGAUGCUUGUUACUUUUAUACUCUUCUCCCUUAAGUGGGUUAAACCACAGAGCCUAGGGUUUGCUGAUCAGAAGGUCGGCGGUUCGAAUCCCCUUGACGGGGUGAGCUCCCAUUGGUCGGUCCCUGCUCCUGCCAACCUAGCAGUUCAAAAGCACGUCAAAGUGCAAGUAGAUAAAUAGGUACUGCUCUGUCAGGAAGGUAAACUGCAUUUCUGUGUCCUGCUCUGGUUGGCCAGAAGUGGCUUAGGCAUUGUGGCCACAUGACCCGGAAGCUGUACACCGGCUCCCUCGGCCAGUAAAACGAGAUGAGCGCCGCAACCCCAGAGUCGUCCGCGACUGGACCUAAUGGUCAGGGGUCCCUUUACCUUUACUUUUCUCUUACAAAGUUCACUGCAAAUUAGCAUGGUUCCUCAGUGGCCUCCCAUGCAGGCAGUGGCCAGGCCUGCUUAGCGUCAGCUGUGCUUCCCAGGCCGCCUAUAGUAAAGAAGAUAGUUGCUGAUAAUAGCUAAUGGAGCUGGAGAAUCUCCACACACACACACACACACACACACACACACGGCCUCCUCUUCUUCUUCUUGGAACUGCUGUGGAGAGGAAGAGGCAGCCGCUGGAGGCCACUCUUACACCUGCAGCUCAGCAAGGAGGCCACAACAAACACCCUGGGUGAUUCAUCUGCUAAGUUUUCUGCAUGCGGAAUUGGGAGGGAUACCCAAAAAGAGCCAGUGGCCAUAUUUGCAGGAGCUUUCAGGGAGAGGGAGGGCUGGCUUGUGUUGUUGUUUUGUUUUCGACUACUCUUCAUCUCCAUCUUGCAGACUUAACAUGGGUGGAAAGAUGGGGCACAAAAUGUUUCAAAAUAAAUACACUGUAUAUAUUUACAGGCAUUGCAAAGGCUGGCAAGUCAGUACCAGAAGAGAGAUGGGCAGCGUGGCUGGAACGUCGCCAGUGACUCCAGGUGAGGAAUUGGGCUUUGUGGCGAAAGGAGCUGAGCUGCCUUGCUUAUUGGGGAAGGGGCUCGCCUGGCUUAGCAGCUGGAAAGGAUAGCGUUUGAGGAGAAGGGGGACAUCGUAGUCCUGUACUCAUCUCCCAGUCUUGGUGUUCAUCUGAAUCCACCUCUGAUUACAGCUGUUCUCAAGGGUAGUCCAAAUAGCAAUACCACCGUGUUUAAUUACAUGUGUGUUUGGUCAUGUACAUGGGUAGGCAAACUAGGGGCCGGAUCUGGCCCAAUCGCCUUCUAAAUCCAGCCCGCAGACAAUCCGGGAAUCGGCAUGUUUUACAUGAGUAGAAUGUAUGCUUUUAUUUAAAAUGCAUCUCUGGGUUAUUUGUGGGGCAUAGGAAUUCAUUGAGGGAGGGACAGUGGACCGGCCCCCUGCUGAAAAAUUUUGCUGACCCCUGGUCAUGUAUAUGCCUGGGGAAAUGUGGCUAUUGUUCCUUUAAGUGCCCAGCUCUUUGAAUUCAAAGAGCCUUUCUCUUUCCUUUCAGCUCCUUAACCUAUAAUGUUGAAAACCUCUUAGCAGAAAGUGUGGUGGUUUUUGAUAUUGCAUUGUGGCUUUAUGCCUUUCUUUAAUCAAGACAUCUGUCAAUGCAGUAUCUGUGCUUGCCCUUGAAUUUUAGUGCAGGAAGCAAAAGUGCCGCCCGGAUUACUUUCUUCCUCAUUAUUACUUGGGAGGAAGGAGGCUCUCUUAGCUGGAAAGCAAAGAAAGCAGGUGGGAGGAAGCAGCGUUAAGCCAUCCUUCCAGGGAAAUGAGGAUGUGGGCGCAACAACUGGACUCAGGAAAUGGGUGGAAGGAUGUGAGGAGCAAGGUGGGAGAAGCUGGCAAUUGGAGCACACAGGCCUGGCAGAAAAAUGAGUCAACUGAACCUUGACAUAGUGGAUGCUGUUGCCUUGUGUUGUUGGUCUAAUGCAGCCAUUCGAUAGAGCUUCCUCAAAUUUAACCUCAAGGCAAGUUCUAAGAAUCUUGGAGGAUGUUUUGUGGAGAGAGAAGCUGAUGCAAUGAAGCCCAAGCUCUGAGCCUGGAUGGGGCUUUGUACUCAAAGAGCUCAGGAAGUGGUUUUAGCACUUCAGGAGGCUGCUGAUAGAUAUCGCUGUGCACAUAGUCUAAUGGGGACUGAGUGCGAAUCAGCAAAUGUUUAGAAAGAUGCAUCUGGCUGGCCUGUACUGCAUAUACCAUGCUGCUUAGUGCAGUGGCUGUCAGGAAAUGAAAAGCCCUGGUGUUCCUGGAGGACAGAGGAGUCCUCAGACCUCAUGAAAUCAGAAGCAGGGGCUGGUGAAAGCUGGUAACGCCUUGACCUCCUCUAAUAUUUCUGCAGGAGUGUCUUUGGAGUCUGGAAAGGUGUGAUCGAUGGCACCGUCUCUUCUGGUCAGUCCAGGCUGGCUGCCUCCGAUAAUUAUCGCAGUGUGAGCGCAGAGGCAGCUAAAACCGCUCGUAUGUCAAAAGAACACUUAUUCAAAAAGGUACACUUUGGGUGGGCUAGGAGGGUCCUAGUAGCAAGCCUUUGGGGACAGAGAAACCGUGCUUGGCUCUGGAUGGGGAGGGGUUCUUGACUCCGCUAAGGGGUUGAGCAGCAGCUGGCAGAGGGCAGGAUGCUGACUGUCGGACCACUUCCCCACCUGCUCUCCUAGGGCAUGGACCAGCUGCUGAAUAUCCAGACUGAACUGCUGGAGACGGUGAAGGAAGUCAGCAAAACCAAGAAGCAUUACACACAGAUUGAGCGGUCCAGUGAGGUAGCCAGAGAGAAGGCUGCCGAUGUGGAUGCCAGGUGAGCCCCCGGUUCCCUACCCCCCCCAAGCAGGGGAAUCCCAAAAUGCGAGUGCCAGGGGGUCCCAGUGGGCUGCGCCAUGUUGUUCUUGCAAGUCUCGCAUGCUCUGGGACUUAAGGUAGAGCUUUCCAGAGCUGAGACCACUUGGUGGUUUGCAUCCAGAGGAUCUGUGGAAACUGAUGCCUGUCCUUUUCCCUCUCCUCCACAGGCUCAGGAAGAGUGACCACGGCAUAUUUCACACGAAGGCCAGCUUGCAGAAGCUCAGCGCCAAGGUCAGAGGCCCAUCCUGCCACCCCACUGGGACACUGAAGUGGGUUACAGAGGCCUGAGGGAUGCGCACGUUGCACAGUGGGCUGGCAGAGAGCUUCCCGAUGUGGGGUGUGGGUUUGGUAGGUCUUUGAAAUGUCGAGUGCCCUCUGUUCCUCUCAUUGCAGUUCGCUGUGCAGCUGGCAGAGAAUUCACAGCAGCUGGUGGUGGCACGAAAUGAGUACCUCUUGACUCUGGCGGCUGCAAGAGCCCACCUGGAGCACUACAUCCAUGUGGAGCUGCCUGCUGUUUUCAAGGUAAGAGCUCUCUUCUUACACUGCACACCUUCUCCUCUGAGGACAACUUUGCAGACCUGGGCAGCUUCUUGUAUAGCUGUGGCAGGCCAUAACUUUGAACAGGAAAACUCUUAUUUGAAGGGACAGUGGUACACAGCUUCCUCUCCACCAACACACACUCCCCUAGUUUCCAAUUUCACCUUCUUGCAGCUGUGUCCCUUAAAAAAAAAGGUGGGGAGAAUUGCAUGUUUUUUAGCUUGGGUUGCCACCUACUGUGGUCUUUUCUUUUGCUGCGCAGGAUUUUAGCUUGAACCAAAUUCUAUUUCCCAGUUUCUUGCCAAUCCCACAAAUAUCUUGCCUCAAAUAGGCCCCUGUUUUUCUCUCAAGGAGUGCAGGGAGUUGCCUCAUUUUGGAUGACUCCGUGCAGUGCAGCAAGUUUGGGUGGAAUGAUCUCUCUUCUCCUACGUGUACCUCUGUCCUGGAGGAGCCUCCCUUCCUGUUCCUCUUCUCACUGUGCACCACCCAACCUGUUGGAUCUGUGUUUUGUCAGAUGCUGGAUGGUGACCUUUAUGAGCGGCUCAGAGACCAGCUGACCCUGAUCAGCAAGACAGAGCUGGAGGUCUGCCAAGGCACACAGGAACUUUUCCAGCGUGUUCUAGGUACAUCUGCACAGGUAACAAGGCGCUCAUAGGUGACUGUGUUUCUAGGGGUCUUUAGGGUAUCCCCAAAACUGCUGUUCUCCUGUUGGGAGAAAAAUACAGGCAUAUUUUUACAUUUGAUGUUUUCAGAUCUCCUCCAAUAGAAAUCCAAUCCCUCUGUGACUAUUCUAAAGCUUUCUGAAGAAGAAGAAAGGUUGAGAAAUACAAUCAUGGCUCGCCAGUGUCCCUUCUGUUUCGGCCCUUAUUCUCUUGCCUAGCAAUUUGGACUUUCUUCCCCCAUCUUACAUGUCACAGUUUAGUGUUGCUGUGGAACAACCAUUCCCCAAAUGAACUUGUGGUAGCCCUAGGUCUUCAUUUCUGAGUUACUGUAAGCAACUUCAAGUGCUUUUCUUUGGGACCAAUCCAAAGAAAAUGAUAACCACCUUGUUAGACCUUCUCUACCUUUUUGGGGAAUAACCUGUGAGCCCUCAGAGGCCUACCAGCAGGUGGGAUAGGGUUGUCUCUUAAGCUUUUCCAACCUGCUGAAGCCCACCAAGCUGCACAAGGCUUCAUCUGCCUCUGGUGCCCUCUUGGGGUGUGAAUUGUUGGAGGAGCAAAAGAAUGGUAUGGUGGUGUUGUGGAGCUCAGUCAAGAAGAGUAAAAUGUGGGAUAGGAUGUAGGGAGCACAAGGAAAAUUAAAGAAAAAAGAUGGUAACAGACGGGCCACAGAGAUCUAUAGGACAGGGAUGGUUGACGAAUGGGAUAAAGAGAAGGCUGCAGAGAAAGAGGAGAUGGCACUAUGGGAUGUGGAGAGAGGAGGAGCACCUGAGAGAUUGUGGGAGCAGGAAAAUAUAGCAUAAGAAAGGUGAGUAAGGGGUAAUGGGUGGAGUUACAAAUACCUUGAGGACCACCGACCUGGACCUUGUGAUCCUUAUUUGAGGCCCUCCUUCAUGUGCCUCCUGCGCUAGAGGUCCAGAGGGUGGCAACACAAGAACGGGCCUUUUCUGCAGUGGCUCCCUGUCUGUAGAAUGCUCCUCCUAGGGAGGCGCACCUGGCGCCUUCAUAUCUUCAGGCGCCAGGCGAAAAUGUUUUUCUAUAGCCAGGCCUUUGGCCGAAGAACAUUCUAUGGCCUUUUAAAUGUGUUUGUAGGAGGAGGGAUUGUUGGUUUGUUUUUCUGCUAUGUAUUUUGCGUUCUCAUUAUAUAUAUUUUUAUGGUUUAAAUCGCCCUGUGCUCUUUGAUUGAAGGGUGGUAUAUAAAUUUAAUAAACAAGUAAAAAAAUAAAAUAAUUACAGAGAUAUCAUUUACUCAUGCAGAGAAUAAUGAAUAUACACUAUAAGCACAGAAAUAAAAGAGGUGGUGACAGAUAACCAGAUUAAAAAAAGAAAAUACUGCAUCAAAUACAGCAGAAACACUUUUCUGAGACCGAUGUAGUCUGGCUCUCUUAAAGAUGUAGAAAUCUACAAGUGGCCCUUGAGUGAUUUGCAUUGGGCCCUCAGAUUUAGCUGACGAAGAACAUUGCAAAUGUGCACUUGAAAUGCAUAGAAUCAUAGAGUUGGAAGAGACCACAAGGGCCAUCGAGUCCAACCCCCUGCCAAGCAGGAAACACCAUCAGAGCACUCCUGACAUAUGGUUGUCAAGCCUCUGCUUAAAGACCUCCAAAGAAGGAGACUCCACCACACUCCUUGGCAGCAAAUUCCACUGUCGAACAGCUCUUACUGUCAGGAAGUUCUUCCUAAUGUUUAGGUGGAAUCUUCUUUCUUGUAGUUUGGAUCCAUUGCUCCGUGUCCGCUUCUCUGGAGCAGCAGAAAACAACCUUUCUCCCUCCUCUGUGUGCCAUCCUUUUAUAUAUUUGAACAUGGCUAUCAUAUCACCCCUUAACCUCCUCUUCUCCAGGCUAAACAUGCCCAGCUCCCUUAGCCGUUCCUCAUAAGUCAUCGUUUCCAGGCCUUUGACCAUUUUGGUUACCCUCCUCUGGACACGUUCCAGCAUGUUCUUCAUCAGAAUUGUGUUUGAUAAAAUAAAAUAAAUAAAUGCUGGACCACUGAGACUUUGGACAAGGCAGCUCUUUGGAACACAGAAACAGCAGAGACCCUGCCAGCAGCAUUUCCUCCAGGAAGGACAGGCUGGCGGUAGUGCAGUGAAGGCAGCUUCCUCUCUCACUUGCUUGGCAUCUCUCAGACUUUCUUUUCUUUCUGGUUGUUCUUGCAGGUGUGCCAGGAGCAGAAUCUCCUCCUCUUCCUCCAGGAUAAUGCUGCAUUUUCAGCGAUGGUUAUGCAGCCCUUUCAGCCAGCAGGAGCUGACCAGGUGGUAAGAAAGAAGCAGUCCUCCUCUAGCCCUUGCCCAGGAGGAGAAGGGUGUCUUCGGACAGGGCUGCUAACAAGCCUAUUUCUUCCCAGACUUCUCUUCUGCAUGAAAGUGGCAGCAGCCUUGGGGAGAGCGGGUUAGAGAAGGAAGCACGUCGCUGGGCCACUCGAGCAGCCAGAGAUUACAAAAUAAAAACUGUCAGUGAGCAGGUGAGCAGCCAGGCUUUAUUUCCCAGGAAACACUUUCCAUGUGAUAGGACUUGUCCAUGAAAUUAGAGAGAAUAAUCCCCUUUUCCUGGUUGUACUUUUAUCUUCUGCAUUAUUUGGGUGGAUGGAUAUGAACUGGGAAUAGCAUAAAAUCCUGUGAAGAGUUAAUCCACCCAUCGGUGUCUGGGGGCAGGGUAAAAUAAACCCCUGUCUUCACCCAUGAAGAAAAAAAACAGUUCUCUUCCUGCUUAGAUCAAGAGAGCAGGGUUUUUGUGGGGCUCCAGUCCUUCAGGGCCUUGUGUUUGCUUGCACUGGCAAGUCCCUUUCCUUCCCUUCCCCUUUGGGCAGUCUCCUUAGAAUUGAGGCCCUUUUUCCCUGAAAGAGGAGAAGCAGCUGUCAGAAAUGGAAAUGGAGGUUUCCAGGCAAUUUCCCCCCUCCUCUGCUGGAUAAAGCUUUUGUAUUUCUGGAGCUGGCAGAGGAGAAACUAGCAAACUUCUAGGAGUCCAGGAGAUGUUUCCCCAAGACAGGAGCCCAGCCAGUUAUUCUGUUCUAAUGAUUUUUUCACUCUGAAAAGAACAGACUUCAUCCUGUUUAAUGAUUUCACCUCAGCAGCCACAAAAAAAGUUCUAUAAUUUCAUUAAAGAAGACGUGGCCUAUUGCAAAUUUUGAGGUUCCUGUGGCCAUUCUAAUUUCAAGGGCCAAAGACUGACGCAAGGUUUCCUUCAGGAUUUCUGAGACAAGAAAACAGAAUUUGCCCAGAAAAUGUUGCUAGGAUCACUUAAGUAUUCAAUAUUGGGUUGAGCAGGUUCUACAGAGAAUGGAAGCCAGGAGGCAGCAGGCCCCUGAGGCAGAGAUGACCACCAUGGAGAAGAGGAUGGAGGAGAUAAGAGAGAACCUACGGAAGGCUGAGGUGCGUCUGACUGCAGGCUGCCUGUGCAUUUUCCAGAGUGGUCAGCAAUGCUUGUCUGUCUGAAGCUGUCGGCUUUGUGCCAUUGAUAUCCCUUGCGGGCUCCCGGCAUUUGUAUCCUGUGUGCGUGCUUUCUGGUGCUUUUGCUGACUUGACGGCAAAUAUUGCAGGGGUGAAAAGAGCAGGCUGCAUUGCCCAGGAGAAAAAUUCCAACUGAAGGUAGCCAGCCCUUCACCCCAUUUGACUGUAUUUUAUAGCCGGGGGACUAGAAUCUCCAUGCUCUGUAAAGUUUAACUUGUUGAAGAGGUGAAAUAUAGGUAAAAAAGGUAAAGGGACCCCUGACCAUUAGGUCCAGUCGUGGCCGACUCUGGGGUUGCAGCGCUCAUCUCUCUUUACUGGCUGAGGGAGCCGGCGUACAGCUUCUGGGUCAUGAGGCCAGAAUGCUCUGGCGAACCAGAGCAGCGCACGGAAGUGCCGUUUACCUUCCCACUGGGGCAGUACCUAUUUAUCUACUUGCACUUUGACGUGCUUUCGAACUGCUAGGUUGGCAGGAGCAGGGACCAAGCAACGGGAACUCACCCCAUCACAGGGAUUCGAACCGCCGACCUUCUGAUCGGCAAGUCCUAGGCUCUGUGGUUUAACCCACAGUGCCACCCAUGUCCCAGAAUAAUAGCAUCCCAGAAUAAACAGGUUAAUGCAUCAUCAUAUUGAGACUUUGAUGUUUUAUCCUUUCUGAUGCAGUUAGCCAGUCACAGGUGGAUCUACAUUUGGAAAAUGAUUUCUGCCAGCUUCUCAUCUCCCUUGCUCUGCCUUGUGUGUAAUAAACCAGAUUUCAAACAAAGAAAAUUUCUGUUCUUUUAUUGAGGGAAAGGAGGGUAUAAGAUGCUGUGGAAAGGAGGGUGGGCGAAUGCAUGGAGAUGGCUCAAAAUCAAUAGCAGAAUUAGAUUCCUAGGUUCAGAACAUCAGGAGGCACCAUUGCAUUAGGUUCCUAAGUUUUUUGCAGGCAAACAUCAUGACUGGCUCCUGGCCAGCAUGUAUAAAAUGUGCAUUUUAGGUGUAACCAAGAGCUUGUAGCGCCCAAUGGGAUUCUUGCAUUUUCUUUUUCUUUUUUUGGACCGACUCCUACGGUCAAAAAACAGAACCCCAGACAGAGGGGUAGAGAGGAAAGCUCCAUCCAGCGGCAUUGGUCCUGUGUGUAUAUGUGUUGUGGGAGUUUGCAUUUAAAAAAGAGAAAGAAAAAGAAGGUUGGGUGGUAACUGAGGAGGGGCAGCCUUCUCCCCUGCCUUUGCUGCCAGGGCAUUGGCUUCUGGCUCUCAUUCAGAGGGUGGCAUUCUUGGUGCUGAAUGGCAAUCCUAAUCUGCUAGCUGCUGCUUUUCUCCAUUUGAAAGACCAGGCUUGUCGUUUCCUUUGUUCUGCUUGUGGCUGGAUGUGACAGUUGUUUGAGGAUGGAAUUGCUGAUUCAUUCCUUGAUCACAGGACGGUUCUUGCCCUCUCUUUAGAUCAGCAAGGUGAAGGCAGAGGCACGGCUAGCUCUCCUGCGUCAGGCUGGCUUGGAUGUCGAUACCUGGCUGGCAAGCAGCAUGGGGCAGGUGCUGGACGAAAUGGAGCAAGAGCGGCGGCUCAGCGAAGCUCGCAGGUCUGAGAGAGGCUCCACUCCGACGGUAAGAGUUGCCUCUCCCCAAAGAUCAGCUCCCAAGCCCUUGGAAAGAGCUGCGCCCCCACCCCAGGCCCCGUGAAGGUUGCUGCAUCACUCAGACACGUCCUUCUGCUGCAUGGGAAGAACACACGGAAGAGGCUUCUGUGUGGCUGGCGGUACAUCUGAAAAGGGCAUCUUUGAGACACUAGUUUCAGGGGAAGAGAGACUCUUCAGCCCAAGGGCUGCAAGGAGCUUUCGAACUUGUCUGCAUUCUCUUGCCCAAACUGGGACCAUUCCCCCUGCUUGACUGAAGUCUGUCUUGGGGAGAAUCUGGGCAAUAAUAAUAAUAAUUUAUUGCUCUGGGCGGCUUCCAACAAAAUAUUAAAAUACAGUGGUCUGUUAAACAUUAAAAGCUUCCCUAAACAGGGCUGCCUUCAGAUGUCUUCUAAAAGUCUGGUAGUUGUUUUUCUCUUUGACAUCUGGUGGGAGGGCGUUCCACAGGGCGGGCGCCACCACUGAGAAGGCCCUCUGCCUGGUUCCCUGUAACUUGGCUUCUCGCAGGGAGGGAACUGCCAGAGGCCCUCGGCGCUGGACCUCAGUGUCCGGGCAGAACGAUGGGGGUGGAGACGCUCCUUCAGGGCAAAUAUUCCCAUUCCCCAUUCUCUUUGUGAUGUGGUGUUUCCUUGGAGUGAAACCCCACCCCCCACCCCCAGUGAUCUGAGAUUCUGUGUCUUUGGCCUGGAGCUGCCUUUUCUUUAUAUUUGAUUGGCCUGUCAUUUUAGCUUCCCAUAGUUGACAGUCAUAAAUCUUCCAUCAGGCAGAAGACUUUGAUCUUGCUGAGUUUGAUGACUAUGACGACAACACAGAACUGUUUGAGGACACGAGGCCAAGUCCAAGCAUGGUUCGUGCUUAUCCUUCAUCCUGCAGAGUAUUUUUCCCAUACCAGGUAAUACUUCUUUCUUCUCCUAAAUAUGAAUUGCUGCUUGCAGCAUGCCCUUCACCUUAAUUUAUCAUUACAAAGCUCAAAAACCACUUCUAGGUGGCUUUUCAGGGGCUUCAGCAAGGGCACUGUCAGAAUUUUGGGGUACCUUAAGCAAGAGACUCUCCAGCCAAGCUUCUUACCAGCAAGUGAUGUAAACAAUAACAGACAAAGGGAGUAGAACUGGGAAAAUGGGUAGAUGUUUGCUAAAUGUCUUCACUCCCACACAUACCUGGAUUUUGACAGUGAUUCCUCGUGUCUUACACUGUACCUGGAAAUCUCAAACAGUGGCACAUUUGAGACAUAACAAAUCAUGGCUUCAUGAUGCCGGAAUGAGCAUAAUAAUAAUAAUUAUUUAUUUAUUUAUACCCCGCCCAUCUGGCUGAGUUUCCCCAGCCACUCUGGGCAGCUUCCAACAAAGAUUAAAAAUACAUUAAAACACCAGUCAUUAAAAACUUCCCUAAACAAGGCUGCCUUCAGAUGUCUUUUAAAGAUAAGAUAGCUGCUUAUUUCCUUUACAUCUGAAGGGCCCCACUACCGAGAAGGCCCUCAGCGCUGGAUCUCAAUGUCCGGGCUGAAUGAUGGGGGUGGAGACGCUCUUUCAGGUAUACUGGACCAAGGCCAUUUAGGGCUUUAAAGGUCAGCACCAACACUUUGAAUUGUGCUCAGAAAUGUACUGGGAGCCUGUUGCUUUCAUGCAUGGGGAGGAGCCUUCUGGUUUGCCACAAACCAUAAGCAGAAGCUUCUAAUCUCCUUUCCUCACCCAUGAAAGGAAGAAAAGAACCUUAUUCCUCUGAGGCUCAUGACUACUCCUUCUCAUGGUGAGAACCCAUGGCUGGUCACUGAUGCCUGAGUGAGUCAGGCUGCGUCUCCAGAGGGCCUGUUAUGGGUCUCUAGGCCCUGCUCUUUGUUCAGCCCAGCUGACCUUUCACACCAGCCAUCCGCAUAGAACUCUGUUGUGACUCUUGGAAGGCAGGCUGCUGCUGCUGCGGACUUGGUUGUGACUCUGUGUGUGUUCUUGCCUGCCAGGCCUGCCAAUCAGACGAGCUCUCCAUUGCUCAGGGUGAGGAGCUGGAGGUCAUUGAAGAUGGCGAUGUGGAGGAAUGGGUCAAGGUUCGUAUAAGGAAACUGGGUCAGGUUCCUCUCUGCUAUGGGACUUGGAAAAACCUUCCAUGAAAAUCUGCCUCUGGGGUGCUAAGCAAGAGUAUGAAUGGGUGCUGAGCAACUCUGUAAGGCAUUCUGGAGAUGCUUGAACACAUGGAACCAUUGGGUGUCCAAUCUCUGGCAGGAAUGCCAGUGCCAAGAUAGAAGCUGAGCACUUUGGACUUAAGAGAGCAGAACCCAGAUUGUAGCCUUGGGGGCAGGCUGGCUUCUUGCAAUCCUACCCACGUGUUCCCCAGCCACACAUGGUAGGAACGCAUCAGGACAAGCUUGUUCAAAUAUGUUUCUUAGUGUCACUUCUCCUACCUGACUUCAGGCGCGUAACAGUGCAGGACAGGUCGGGUACGUCCCUGAGAAGUACCUCUUCUUUAUGGAUUCAGUAAGCAGGGAGCACCCAGCCCCAGAUGGGAAUCCCCAGGAAGAGUCCUCUGAUGUGGCCUUGGAGAGGGAGCUGACCAACAUAAUGAGCAUGGGCCUGAUGCUGGAGCCUGGAGGUGCGUCUUGCUGGGGUCGUGGGGAGGCUGGGGGGGCUGUGAGCUAUUGGCAGAGGGUACAAGUGCAUGGCGGUGUCAAGAUAUGGGCCUGGCAUAGCUUUUCUGUCCUGCCCGUCAGAUCUCCUGUGAUACAAAUCCAAGGGAGCCUCUGCCCAACCUUGCUAGUGGAAGAGGCGGCCUGCCUGCACUUGAAAGGGUUCAGUUUAUUUAUGCUUUUUAUCCUGUCCUCCCCCCAGCAGAGUAAAUGGCUGCUGAUCCCACCUGCUUUGUAAGACCAGUUGUGUCCUCUGUUUGUUUGCAGCUUCCCUGGUGCGAGCCCUUUAUGACUACGAAGGGCAGAGCUCUGAGGAACUCAGUUUCCCCGAGGGAGCCAUCAUCCGAGUGCUGCCCCGGGAGGAGGGAGCGGUAGAUGAUGGCUUUUGGAAAGGAGACUUCAAUGGGAGAAUUGGAGUCUUCCCCUCAUUGGUUGUGCAAGAAAUAACUGGCGCUCAAGAGGGAGCUGGGCAGGUGAGUCCCAGGGUGGCCCAGGAAGGGCAGAGCAGCUUGUCUGCCUCCUUAUGGAAACAGUGUUUGGACUGUUGCAGUUGGCAGGGCCCAGGAGUCCUGGUAAUAGUUACUGGGAUCCACAGAUAUGGACACCUCAGCACGUGCCCCUCCUGCCUCUAAGGAGCAUGCCAAAGCACCCUAGAAGCUUGGGGCUGAGGAGGUACCGUAUUUUUCGCUCUAUAAGAUGCACCAGACCAUAAGACGCACCUAGUUUUUGGAGGAGGAAAACAAGGAAAAAAAUAUUCUGAAUCCCAGAAGCCAGAACAGCAAGAGGGAUCUGGCUUCUGGGAUAGCCUCUUGCUGUUCUGGCUUAUGGGAUAGCCAUGCGCAGCCUCACCGGGGCAGCGGGAUGAAGGCUCCCCCAAGAGCCGCACUCCCUUUAAAGAGUGCGUGGAGCAUGUGUGUGGCUCUUAGGGGCUUUUCCCCGAGGAGGGAGAAGGGCAGCCCUCUCCGCACGGCUCUUUAAAGGGAGCGCUGAGCAGAGCCUCCCACUUGCAUUUGAUCCAUAAGACGCACACACAUUUCCCCUUACUUUUUAGGAGGAGGGAAGUGCGUCUUAUAGAGCGGAAAAUACAGUAGUUGAGCAGUCAUGCUGUGCUUCAGAGGUGCUCAGAGGGGAAGCAAUCUGUUUUAUGAUCUAAGGAUAAUCAUACAAAUACCUUGCUUAUUUGGAGUCCACAAUUUCUUUCUGGGUUUGGCAGCCGGGUAUAAAGUUAUUAUCACCACCCCUGCCCAUUCCCCAGCUAGAGAGGGGGUGGCAUCUUGUUUUUGAUGUCAUGCUGAGCAUACAUCCAGAAUACAGCACGAGCCCUCGGAGCAUGUGCAAGGUGCUCUUUUCUUCAUUCUUAUUCCAGCUUUUUCAUGGCUGAGCCCUGCUGAACCUGGUUCCCACUCCAACACCAGGGUUGUGGGGGCACACUCGGCCCACAUUCAUUUUUCCACUUGGUGUCUUAGAAGUUUACUUCGCUUGCUUUGAGUCUGACGGCAGCUUGGCUUUCUUGUUUCAGGAACUGCUUUCACCAUCUCCCCCAGCCUUCUCCCCUCCAGUCCUUGACCAUGCAUCUCCUCCAGACAUUCUGCUAACAGGUGAGUUACUUAAGAAACCAGCAUCUGGAGUCUUUCCCCCCUACCCCACAAAAAAAUGGUGGCUUCUGGAAUAGUGUAGUUGUGUUAGAGAGAAGUGAUGAUAUAUACAGAUCUCUAGUAUGCUGUGAAAACAUGUUUGUGUUUCUGGAGAAGUGGGAUUGAGAGAGAGAGAAAGAGAGAGAGACCAAGUUAAGGGCCAGGAUGUCAGCAGUCUUUCGCUACUCUGCACCACACGAGUGUAGUCAUUAAUGUUUUUAUGCGUUCCCAGGUGGCUGGCAAGGAAACGUGCAAGAUUCCCCUGACCUGAACGCACCACGCAUUCGCCCAGUAAGUUGUUUCCCAUAUGCCGUGAUAGGGUGGCCUCAGUCUCCCUGUCCUUUAUCCCCACCACUCACAAAAAAGUUCAUUCACAUAUAAGCAUCCUAGAAUGCAAGUAGGUUAUGAUCUAAUCUUUGGCACAAUUUCACUAAUUAUUAUGAGCAUAUUUAUCUCUCAGGUAGAGAAAAAAGGCAGAAUAUUCCAUUUUGGCCAAAAAGGGAGUGCUCAGUCCUUCUAGAAUGAUCUUACACACACGAGUGGGGCUUUGUAGUCAGCAUUGCCUGUUAGGCUUGUGUUCUACUAGAAGCUUAAUAAGAAUUUAUAUUGGAGAAACUGAAGGUUUGAACCCACAUUACAGGAGGUAACCAGAGUUUGCCAGUCUUCUGUUGGGAGGGAAGAAAAGUAGAGUGGGAAGAAAAAACUUGAGAUGAUGAUAAUUUUUGUAUCCCACCCAUCUGAUUGAGUUACUCCAACCACUGUGGGCAGCUUCCAACUGAAUAUACAAAAACACAACACAACAUCACACAUUAAAAGCUUCCUGAUACAGGACUGCCUUCAGAUGUCUACUGAAGGUUGUAUAAUUCUUGAUCUCUUUGACAUCAGAUGGGAGAGAAUUCCACAGGGCAGGUGCAACUACCGAGAAGGCCCUCUGCCUGGUUCUCUGUAACUGCACUACUGGCUGUGAGGAAACCACCAGAAGGCUCUUGGAGGAGGAUUUCAGUGUCCAGGCUGAAUGAUGGGGGUGGAGACACUCCGUUAGGUAUACAGGGAGGCCAUCUGGGGCUUUAAAGGUCAACACCAAUACUUUGAGUUGUGCUUGGAAAGGUAUUGGGAGCCAAUGUAGAUCUUUUAGGACCAGUUUUCAUGGUCACGGUGGCCAUUCCCAGUCACCAGUCUGGCAGCCACAUUCUGGAUUAGUUGUAGUUUCCAAGUUGCCUUCAAAGGUAGCCCCACGUAGAGCGCAUUGCAGUAGUCCAAGCGGGAGAUAACCAGAGCCGGUACCCCUCUGGUGAGACACUGCACAGACAGGUGGGAUCUCAGCCUGCAUACCAGAUGGAGCUGGUAGACAACCGCCCAGGACACAGAAUUAGCCUAUACCUCCAUGGACAGCUGUGAGUCCAAAAUGACCCCAAGGCUGCACACCUGGUCCUUUAGGGGCACAGUUACCCUCUUGAGGGCCAGGGGCUCCCCCACACCUGCCUGCUCCCUGUUUGCCAGAAACAGUACUUCUGUCUUGUCAGGAUUCAAUCUCAAUCCAUUGACCACCACCCAUCCUCCAACCGUCUCCAGACACUCACACAGGACCUUCACUGGUUCCAGUUUAAGUAGUAGGUCGAACUGGGUAUCAUCCACAUACUGGUGGACACCCAGCCCAAACCCCCGGUGAUCUCUCCCAACGGUUUCAUAUAGAUGUUUAAAAAAACAUGGGAGAUAAAGUGUAACAUAAAUGUCAGCAAUACUCCAGACUCCUUCUGAUGGAUUUUGAGAAAAACACUAAUAGGGUCCUAAGCUUGCCCCUUUGUGGGCAUAAGAUGCAGUGCAAGAACUUUACACCCUUCAGAAAUGCUGCCUUCCCCCGCCCUUUCUUUUUAGGUUCGGGCUCCACCACCUCCACCAUCGAAGGCUGCAGAAGAUGACUCGCUGCCCAGCCACGAUUAAGUCCACAUCUGCCAGGGACUUGGCUUCCCAAGAAGGCUUGAGUGCUUUGGGGGCUGGUGGGCCACAAGCAAAUCCGUUUCUGCUUGGAGUUAUUGGGUGCCUCUGGCUGCUUUUGAGCCUGUGCUCACAUCUUCCAGCACCAGCAAGCCAGCAGUGGGACGGAGGUGCUGAGAGGAGCAUUGCUGCUGCUGCUGCUGCUGCUGCUGCUGCUGCUGCUGCUGCUGCUGCGAUGAGCUUCUCUACCUCAGCACAUGAGUACAUGCUCAGAUGGAUGGACUGCACCAGAAUGGACUUGCCAGGGAAUGUUGAAAACAAGUUUGUCUUUCUUUCUGCACUGGGUCGAGCCCCACAGCGUAGGACCUAGAAACGGCAAGUUCUCUUGGCCCUUGACAUUCCUUGGACUGCUACUCAAGACAAUGCCAAGCAUUUCCUUUUUUUCCUGUCCUGUGGUUUGAGAUGGGAGCAGGUCUCUCCCUUUGCUUUAAAUGCUGCUAGCUAGCAUCUGUCUGCACUUUGUCUGUCAGAACUAUUGACAACAGCCGGGUCUGCUGCUCUUCUUGUAGCCAGCAGUUCUUUUGCUGCCCCUUGCUGAGUGAGCUGGCGCCUGUGCUGUGUCCUUGAGAGGCAAUAGAUGGGCAGGUACUGACCGAAUAAACAGACACCAUUCUGCACGUCUUCAGCAUCUUUAAUAGGGUUAGUUUUUGUUUACACUGUACUUAAACAUGAAAAGAUGUAGGGCGAAGGCAGAGGUGGCCUUCGGUCAUGGCUUAACUAGAACACAGAAGACUAGAAAUCACAGGGUCUGGGGGAGUGUUUAGUUGGCUCAUCUCCCAAGCCAAGUUCUGGUCUCCUAGCGAGGAGGAAAGCCUAUCCGGAGCCACGAGAGUCUCCAGGAUCUGUGCUGAGCAAAGCAGCCCCCA